AUGGAAUACUACUCGUCUUUGGAUGCCUCGCAGUUAGAUUCAGAAGUUCCAACGCUUUUUGAAUUAAUUUCGGCGAGCCAGUUGGAAUCAUUAUUAUCGCCAUCACUAAGAUAUAUAUUAGUUCAUUAUGCCAGUAAAUACCCAUAUGCGUUGCUUAAAGUUGCAAAUAACUUUGAAGAAUUGAAUUUGUUCUUUCGAACAUUCAUUGAGUGGUAUUUUAUGAGUUAUUGGCAAGGGUCAUUCACAGAGAAUUUCUAUGGAUUAAAGAGAGUAAGUCAGACUCCAUUGUCAGACACCAAAUAUAGAAGUAGUAAAUUAACGCAGUUGGUGCCCUCUAUGAUAGAAGAAAGGAGAAGCUUGAGCAGCUUGCAGAGGUUUGCAUCUAUCUUUGAAAUCACAGGAGUAUCAUACUUGAGUGAAAAAUUCAAUUAUUGGUAUGAGAUUUGGUACCCAAAGUAUGUCACAAAUCAAUUAGUACCAAACGACCCUACAAAUAGAGCAGACGUGUAUAAAACAGAAUUUAAAAGACGGUUUGUCAAAUUAUAUCCUAUAUUGCAGAGUAUUUUCAGAACAGGUAACUUCUUCACAACCCUAUUGUACUUGAGUGGACUGAGUAAAUCCCCCACGCUAUUGACGUUAUUAUUCAAAAUUAACUAUUCAAGACUCAAUCAAUACGACUACUCAAAGCAUGAACCUAAGGUUACUUCUAAGAAAGAUAUGCCCAAUAAAAUUGCUCCUCCCACGCUUGCUGCAUCGAUACUAAGAAUUUUGAAUAAGAACAUUACAAAGCCAUCAUGGAGAUUGAUAAAUUUUAUUUUGGGUACAUUCUUCCCAAUAGCUAUUUUCACUUUGAAGUUCUUAGAAUGGUACAACAACUCAAAUUUUGCCCUGAAAAUAGCUAAAACCCAGGGAAAUGUGCUAGACUCGUUAUUGCCACCUCCUUCUUCUUUAUCAAGAGGUCGUCGUUUAGACAGUAAGCCAAAGAAGGUUUACAACUCUGGAAAGACCUGCCCAUUGUGCAAAGACGAAAUAAGUAAUCCUGCAAUCAUUGAAACAGGAUAUGUCUUCUGCUAUUCAUGCAUAUAUAAUUAUCUUACCCAAUCACAUAAAAUCGUUUCAGAAAAGGUCAAGCUAAAGAGAGAAGAAUUGGAUAGUGAUGAUGAAGAAUCCGAUAUCGAGAAAGAAGUUCAAAGUGAAAAAGUCGGUGAUGAAGCCGAGGCAAAUGCCACACCAGAAGAUAAGAUAACAGUUGAUAUCAACAAAGGUGGGAGAUGCCCUAUCACUGGAAAGAAGUUGUUGGGCUGUAAAUGGAAUGGGUUAAAAGAGGAAUGGGAGAUUGAAGGUAUACGUAGAUUAAUAUUCUAA